AGGUUUUUGUUUUUCAUUUAUUGUAGAGGAAACUUCGAAAAGCAUCAUCAUGCUGCUGCUGUACCUAGGAAUUGCGUUUAUCGUAGGAGCCAGUGUUAAGGCCCAAGGCCGGAGAGACUGUGUCAUCAUUUUAGACCAGGACACGUGUCGCCAGGGAUAUCGAUGUGUUCGGGGACAGUGCAGACCCGAUAUAGGUCAGCCGAAUGAAUGCUCAAUGACGAGGCCUUGCAGACCUAAUUACAGAUGUAUUCAGGGCUUUUGUGUUCCAGAUGCAACCAGCGGAUGCCUUGGCUGCCAAUUUCAAGAAAACGUCAUUUGUGAAAAUGAUCGUUGUGUAAGGAGUCCGGGAGCAUCGUGUGGACCGUUGUACGAACCUUGUUCAAGAGGCUAUUCAUGUCAAGUCGGAGUCUGCACAUCCACUAGUUCACCAAGAUGCAGACGAGAUAGAGAUUGUACAAGUAUUGAACAUUGCCGGCAGGGAGUGUGUGUUCCCAGAGGUGGAGAUACAUGCAUGAAUAAUCGCGACUGUACCUUUAAUGAGGAGUGUCGACGUGGAAGAUGCGUGCCUAGAAUAAACACUCCAGAAUGUCGACGAGAUACUGAUUGCCCUUAUGGCAGGUGUCAACGAGGAACAUGUGUAGGUUCACCCACAAACACAUGUGAUCCCUACCGUGGAAUACGUUGCAGCAGAGGAUACAGAUGUGUGAAUAGGCAGUGCCUCCCAAAUGAUGAAUUUGAAUGCGGACCACAGAGACCCUGUCAAUCCGGAUACCGAUGUCGUAUGGGACUGUGUGUGAGAGAUGUAAAUCCACAACCUACUUGCCGAACCAAUAGAGAGUGCCCACCCUACCAACGGUGUGUUCGGGGAAAUUGUAUCCAAAGAGCUGGAUAGACAAAACGUCGGUCUUCUUAAUAGAAAGAAACUCAAGAAAGAAAGACAGCAAACAUCGAUAAUGACUCCACGAAAGGGAUUUUAAUUUUGUUUUUAUAUUGAUCACUUUGUAAUUUUAUAAGAUCUAAUGUAAAUACAUGCAAAGGGAAAUAAUGAAACAAAUUUUGAUAUCAUUUUGAGUUUAUCCAUGUUUUUUGGGUUGAAUUACACUAACAAAAUUGGCACAGCAACUACCAUUA